AUGGCAACUGAUGAUGAGACUAUUUCACAGUCUCAAAUUCAUUCAUUCGAUGUCACUACCUCAGUCGUCGACAAAAACAUGAAUGAUUCAUUGGAAAAAGCUGCAUUUGGCCGGAAGCAUCUGAGGCGACGAUCAUCCUUGUUCUUCAGAAAUACAGAAGUGAAUGAUAUCAUUCCUGAAGAUAUAUCAAAAUUUGAUUGUCACAGCAAUAACAACGAAAAAACGCCAGAAGAGAAAGCAAUCACUUCGGAGAGCAAGCGACGUACGUCAAUGCAUUUGCGGAAAUCGGUUUAUAGGACAAGGUCAAAAGCUGCAAUAAGAAACUACAUGAUAACUUGCGAACCUCCACCGGUAUCACUGAAGCCUAUCCUGCUAAGUGCUGCUCAAAAAACAGCUCGACGUAUAACAAUGAGGGCAAAGGGAUGGAAUAAGCAUAAACGCGUGCAUUUUCACUCUGUCCUGAAUAUCCAUGACAUCACUCCACGUUCUGGGAAGAUACCUGGAGUUGUGAAAAUGCCAGACUCCCCACCGAUUGUAAAGGAAUCAGCCAUUUCAAAAAUCGCUGGCGAGAGUAUGGAACAUUGCAUACCCAUUACCCAGCCUGCUAUCUUGCAAGAUGCUACUACCAACACUUUUCGAAAUGAGGCAGUCAGGUUUUUGCCUGUUAUGUCUAAAACUUUUCAGUGUCACCCAGAAAUGGAAAAGAUUGAAGAAUGUCAAAAAACAAGGGACGAUAAAAGCAAUAGUGAACCAGUCGACGUCACUGAUAUAUGUCUGUCACCCUUAUUUUUUGGUGUAUUUUUCAAAGAUGACCAUGCAUCACAACCGAAACAGAAAGAAGUUGAUAAUUGCAAAGAUGAUCAUGCAUCACAACCGGAACAUAAAGAAGUUGAUAAUUGCAUGAAUACCAAGAAAGCGGUUGAUCAGUCCGAGGUAUCGAAUAUGUCGGAAGUAAGUGCCGCAACGAAAAGAACCAAACGACAUGUGGAAGAAACAGCGGUUAUGUGGGUGCGUGGAGAUCGAUUGCGGAGUCUUUCCAUAGGGACGAAGGAGGACCUAAAUGAAAAUAAAGAAAAUACCAAUUUAAAUGUAGCAAACGGUAAAGAAAGUGAUGAUGUGCAAUGGUGCAAUAACGCAUGUACUGGUCUAGAACCAUUAAGUUCAUCUUUAUUGGCUGUCCCCCGUGCAGGACCAAAAGCAAAGGUUAAGAAAUGGUUACAAGAUAUACCAAACUACUGGAAUCCUUUACUUGAUGGGGAAGAUACGCUUAUAUUGGAGCAACAGGAAGAGAUCACUGAAAGUACAGUGCAAUCAGACAAUGUACUGAUGGAUAAACAGUCGUCACGUAGGCGAAGCUUUGGAGGACUACCAAAAAAGCAGGAGAAAGGAAAUAAAUGUCGUCGAAGGUCACUAUUAUUGCAGGAAGCGACUUCGCUUAAUGAUUUACCAACCUCGAAUCGUCGUCAAACGAUUAUUGUAGGAGAAAUGAAAGAAAAUUUGUACGAGAAAAAUACUGAUGAGAUGAAUGAUGAUGUGAUUCUCCUUAACGAUCAAGAAUUGAACAGUACUUCUCGGAAAUCGCUGACUUUCUGCAAGAAAAUGCGUGUGAGAAAUAGGUGGACAAUGUGUAAAUCAGAGACUGCCACGAAUAUCUCUCCAAUCUGUAAUGCCCAACUCACCGAUACGAAAACAAACUGCAUUCCUGCAAAGCAUGAAAAGACACCAGUUCUGAUGGAUGAAAUGGAUUUUGCACCUUUUCCAAGCAUUUCGAACGUUGGAUAUGCCGAAAUUGCACCUGUUCACUAUGACUUGCCAUGUGGACUUCGUGGGCACCAGGUUCCUAAAAUGGUUUCUGACAAUAACAAUAUAUUUCAAAUGUCAUUAUGGAGGAAGAGCUUUGAUGAAGACAGAAGCUUGAAGCAGAAAGUUGCAGUAGCUGAUUCACGCAUCCUAUUGAGACCGAAAAGAAAGAAGUCAAAACAUGGAAGAUGGAAAUUGCUUACUGAAGAAUUAAAGCAGAACACUUGGAGUGAAGCAUUGAGGCCAGUGGAAACUGAUGAAUUGAUUAUUGAUGGCUCUACUGUUCGUAAACUUUGUGACUGGAUCAAUAUAUGGAAAGGACGAUUGCAAAAAAGCAGAAACCACAAGAAAGAUAUAAGAGUAACCAGUCAUUAUAAGAGGCGUGAUUCGGAUUCCUUCGAUUCUUUUGGUUCCGAUGAAGAAGGAGAGCAAUUGUGCAAUACUGCUAUCAUAUAUGGUCACUGUGGUAGUGGCAAGACAUCACUAGUUUAUGCAGUCUCGAAGCGUUAUGAAAUGCAUGUAUUAGAAAUUGCUUCUAAUGAAAAGAGAAAUGGCUUGCAGUUGAAGUGUAAGUUGCAAGGAGCUACCCAUUCUCACAAGUUUUCGAUGUCUACAAUGGUAAACCAGGUAUAUUUCCAAAAUGAGAAGAAUAAAGGAGAGAUGGUUGAAGACUCCAUUAUCUUAGUUGACGAUUGUGAUGUAAUAUAUGAUAAGCACGAUGAUGGAUUCUGGCCGGCACUAAGAACUCUAUGCAAGGUAGCCCAUAUUCCAGUUAUCAUCGUUUGUGAAGACAUUUCUUUUGUUCGCAGACAACUGGGAUUUGAAGCACCCGUUCUAAUAUUUUCUUUAAUUAGACCAGAAAUACAAACCGUUUCUUCAUAUCUUCAGGAACUCUGUGCUGCUUUAAACAUCAGCGUGUGCCCCGAUCUUUGUUGUGCUCUGGCUGAGCAGUAUAACGGUGACUUACGAGCAUGUAUUAAUCAGCUUCAGUUUUACUCAGGAGAAGACAGCAAUAAUUCUUUAGGAAUGUUGAUGGAACGGCUAAAGAGUCGAGAGCAAAUUGAAUUUGAAACACUGCCCAAAAAAUGCUAUCCUAUUCCGUACAAUGUCAUAUUACGCUAUGAUCAUUCAUACGAACCAGGAGCAGUUCUUUCGUCAACGGAUCGAGAAGAGGAGGAUUUGCACUCCGUGGAGAAGAAUGAUACGCAUAUCGCAGUGAAAGUUACUCGUUCUGCGCUACCUGCAAUUGAGUAUUUCCCGCUGUCUGAUGUGAUACUUGAUUAUAUACCGUAUUUAUGCAUUAUGAAUAGAGCAUCUCGAGCCAAAAUGCCUGCCUCUCGUCGCGCUCAACAUUAUUUUGAUGAAUUACACGAUGACUCGCAAAUAGAUUCCAGUGGUACUCUGAAAAAUGCUUUAACUCAAUAUUGUCUACUAACUUAUUGA